GUAUAAUGUGAAAACAGUGCAGUGUGAUGAGAAUCAAAAAACAAGUCAGAGUGUGUCAUUCACUCCACUCUUAUAAUCAAGAGGAUUACAUCCCAUGUACGUGUGUGUGUACGUGAUACAGGAUGUAUUCAGUGUGGGAUCAUCAUCUGUGUGCGAGUGGGUCAGCGGUAGAGAGAGAGAGAGGUGUUCUGUAUCUUAUGCAGUGGGUGAGGAAUGAUUAAAUCUUAAUCACCGAAUGUGUGUGAUAGUGAGAAUGUGGCACUGAUUGUGUUGUGUGUGAUUAUGUGUUAUGAAUCAAUAGCUGAAAGACUAAAGGAGUUUUGUGACAGAAUGACGUUUGAAAGAAUAUGAAAGGAGAUAAAUUCACUCAUAGUCACAUCCUGACUAUCCAAUCCCUCUCUUCUAAUUUCCUCUCUCACAUUCCUACACACUCUCUCUCCCCAGCUGACUCAUUUGCUUGUGAGGGAUUAAGCAGGAUAGAGAGGGAUUACGCUUCUUUUUUCCAAGAGGACUUUUCUGUGCUCUGUUAUGGAAUACUAUCCAUGUUAUUCCUUCUGUUCAUACCAUCAUUUCUGAGUAAGUUAAAACUGACCAUCAUCAUGCAAACUAAACCCUCUUCAGUGUGCUCGUCAGUGUGUUAAAUAUUAAACUGGGAUCUAAACUGAGAAGACGAACUGAACGUGAGGGAAAAGGGAGUUGUAUAUGAGGAGGGUCAGUGCAUCGUUCUGUUAUUCCCUGAAUCCCAAAACACUCCUGGAUUGACAAUGAGACCAGACGUGGAGACUGAUCAACGGUCAGCUCCACUGGAGAUGGGAGACAAAGGUCUGACACAGAUCUUAGCAUAUGUGAUUGCUGAGGUGAGGGGUUCUGUCAAUAAAGAUAUAAAUGGAGCUGAAUUAUUGCACAGUCUCCUCAACGCCCCCUGGUUGCAGUCCCUACUAAAGGUGUAUGAAUGUCUACAGAGGCACAUAAAGGGUCCAGCUAGGCCAUAUCUCUCCUAUUCUUCUGGACUCUCACUACAGGUUCUGUCUGACUUGCUUGCAGUCCCAAACCCCUCAAAUGAAGCUCGAGAACUGUAUGCCCUCCUCAGUAAGCCCCACUUUCAGGCUCUCCUCUCAGCUCAUGACACAGUAAGUCUGAGGGACUAUGAGCCAGAUCUACCAGCACUGCCUAAAGACCUGCCUGAAGAUGAGGAAGUCAUGAGGAUUGUUUGCUUAGUCAAAAACAAUCAGCCUCUGGGAGCAACAAUCAGGAGAGAUGACGUGACAGGGGAAAUAUACAUUGCUCGGGUUAUACAUGGAGGACUGGCUGACCGCAGUGGUCUUUUGCAUGCUGGAGAUAGGCUCGUGGAGGUAAAUGGUCAACCUGUGUUUGGACUGGAACCUGAACAGAUCAUACAAAUUCUGGCUCACUCCCAUGGAACCAUAAUGUUUAAGGUGGUUCCCAUCACUGACAGGCCAGUCAACAACCAAACCAUGCUGUAUGUGCGAGCCAUGGUGGACUACAAUCCCCAGUUGGACCCUUCCAUUCCCUGCGCAGAUGCCGGCAUGGUGUUCAGGAAGGGAGAUAUAUUAGAGAUAGUGGAUCAGUCAGACACCCUUUGGUGGCAGGCUGUAAAACUACCUAGCAUCUCUGCCUGCGCUGGCCUCAUUCCUUCCACAAGCUUGCUGAAAAGGAAGCAGAAAGAGUUUUGGUGGUCUCAGCCUUAUCAACCUCACACUUGUGUCAAAACCUUGAGUACAGUGGAUGAAGAGGAUGACCUGAUUGCCAUAGAUGAAAAAUGUGUUGAAGCAGAUGAGGAGGCGUUUGAAUCUGAAGAGCUAAAAGAUGAGGAGAGCGAAUUCAACACGAACAUUGAGGGGAUUUAUCUGACUGGUUUUCGACGAAGUCUGCGUCUCUGUCGUCGUCGGCGAGGUCAGGCUUUUGGGACGUCCCAGUCCUGCACCAUGCGCUGCCCCACAAGCUGUUACAGUUCUCUGGCCAACCCUUAUGAGGAGGUGGUGCGGUACCAGCACCAUCCGGGGCACACACACCGCCUCAUAGCACUGCUGGGUCCGUCUGGUGUCGGGGUGAAUGAAUUACGCAGGAGGCUAAUUGAGAUCAAUCCAAAGGUCUACCAAGGAGCUGUUCCUCAUACCACACGGCCACCCAAAUGCCAUGAGGAAUCUGGCAGAGAAUAUCACUUUAUCAGCCGAGAGCAGUUUGACACCAUGGUCUGCAAUCACAGAUUUAUUGAGUUUGGGGAGUUGAGAGGUCAUCUCUAUGGCACUAGUGUGGAUGCGAUUAAAGAUGUUUUGGCAAGUGGGAAGAUCUGUGUGAUUGACAUUGAGCCACAUGCAUUAGAGUCAGUGAGGACGGCAGAGCUGAGGGCGUAUGUCAUCUUUAUAAAGCCUCCAACUGUUGAGCAGAUGAAACGCACACGGAUGAACUUUCAUAUCAUCACAAAUUACUACAUCAGCCGACCCUUUAAGGAUGAAGAUUUUCAGGAGAUCGAGGAUGCUGGACGCAAGAUGGAACAGCAUUACUGUCAGUUCUUCGAUCAUGUGAUUGUAAACGACGGUCUGCAGGCCGCAUGUGUGCAGCUGCUGACUGCAGUGAGAAGAGCUCAGGAUGAACCACAGUGGGUACCGACCGCAUGGAUCAGAUCAACGAACCAGUCUUAAUAUGAAGAGACGUCACGCGAAGAGCUCAGGGAUACUGUAGGAGUGCAGAUGGGCAUGGAUGUGCAAAUAAACUUCCUUUUUCACCUUUUAUGGUGGGAAUAAUGUGUUUUGUCUGUGAAAAUGUUAGUCUUGAUAUAAAAUAAAAUGUUCACAUUUUUUCAGGUGUCAUUUUGUUUGCACUUGUGAAAAAAAAUUAUAAAACCUAAACCUUUAUUAAUGUCAAUGUCACUUUAUUUAUAUAGCACAAUUAAAACAACACUUGUUGACCAAUGUGCUUUGCUUUACAUCAUUUGUAAAAUAACACAUCACACCACAAUAAGACAUGUCAAACAGUCAGUGAAUGGUUAAAAGCCAUGAAAAACAAGUUUUAAAGGGAUAGUUCACCCAGAAAUGAA